AUGAACAGACCUGUUAGGAUUCCGAUUACCAUGUUAUUUGAAUGGAACUAUAUUGGAUUUCGAUUUGGAUACGGCCUACCUGACGGAGGCAUCCUUACUUCCCUCUUCAUCAAUUCAAUAUGGAGUAACUCUGGUUAUUUAUAUUCGUAUUCAAGUAGACCCGAAUCUUUGACAUCAGGUAACGCGCCAAAUCCGCAACUCGUCUGUCCCUGUCAUGAAGAGCCACUUGGUUGGAUGGCCGCAAAACAGCAUGCUCAUACGCCUGGAAGCCUCUCGUCUAGAGCCACAACCGGCUCUUUCACUACCUCCCCGGUCAUAGCUGCAGCCAGUCCUUCGUCAUCUUCACCAACGGCCAUCCAGUUGGGGAAAAAUAGUGGGCAUCAUGUUGGACGUUUGGAGGAGGUUGACGGAUUAUUAGGCGAUGAGGAGCCGCUAGGCAGGGCCGUCUCUGCAAUUCAGGAGAGGGAUCGGCACGCACAACCCCACUCCCAUUCCCAUCCCCAUCUUAAUCCCCAACCUCCAACCCAGGAAUAUUCUCAGUCUAACCAACAAAUCAACUACUACCACAGGCAACAACAUCAACAAUCUCCACACCAUCAACCAGAUUCCCCGCUCAACUUUUAUCCCCAGCCUAUACCUCGAACGCUCACUCUCUCAUCUAAUCAUAACCAUCCACCUAACACAUAUCUCCGGUCCGAAGGCAUGGUACAACCACUCGUGUCACAGCCAUCGAUUUUAGUCAUAGGCCAGGCCAGCUGUGAUGAGCAACUACAGCAAGAGAAUAGUUUGUGUCAGCUAUCUUCAGGGGUGCUAAUUACCGAUUUGGAAACUAAGGAAAGCGAAUACGAUGAUGUAGCCGAGGGGUGA